AUGCCUUCCAAGCGAAAGACCAAUGAUGUCGAAACCAACCCGACGUCAACCUCUGGCCCGGUGAAGAGGCAGAGAGUAUCACGCGCCUGCGACCAGUGCAGAAGCGCGCGAGAAAAGUGCGACGGCAUCCAACCGCAGUGCUUCGCCUGCGUCUCGCUCAACCGGGAGUGCACCUACAACGUCGCACCCAAGAAGCGAGGCGUCCAGACUGGCCUCAUCCGCACCCUCGAGUCGGCUCUCGUCUGGGUCUUCGAGCAGUUCCCCGGCACCGAGGCUGCCUUGAAUGACUUGCUGACGCAGGAGUCCGGUCCAGAAUCCCUCCUCAUUGGCAAGGAGAGCGAGGCCGGUAACCGUCUUCAUCGACGAUGGAGAAAGUCCAAAACGUGCAAGGAGAUCGACCGACUCUUGUCCGGCAGAGAUGGCUCGAGCCCUAAGAUAGAAGGAUCCGAGGAGGAUGAGUCCAGCACAGAGGCAGAUCAGCUGGGUCAGUCUUCUGGAAAGGGACGCAAUGUGCCAUCUACAAAUGAUACUACGGCGAACCCGGCAAAUCGAAGCUAUAAGCUGCCCAACAAUUGUUCUCGACUCCUCGAUAUCUACCUGGCCUAUACCCAUUCCUGGUUGCCUAUUGUCGACAGGAGCCGCCUGCUCAAUCUCGUGGCUGAGCGACACUCGGACGAGAUUCGAGAUGCAGAGCUAUGGAGCGCUCUCGCAGUUGCUGCGUAUCAAGACCCGAGCCAUACGACAGAUCCGUCGGCCAUAUACUGCACAGCACGAAGCUUGCUUCCAUUAAUAGGCGAUUCGCAAGCAGGUUUGCUCAAGCGACGUACAUCAAGCAUGACGAGCCAACGACACGGCAAAGAGGCAGCUGUCGAUGGCGGAGACCAGGCAGCUGAGGAGCUUGCGGUUUUACAAUAUGCAAACGCGUUCCUUCUUCUCUCCUUGGUCGAUCUCGGCCAGGACAAGCCAUCCAAUGCGUCUCUCUACAUUGGUCUCGCAGUGAGGACCGCCAUGGGACUUCGAGACUUGACUGCAAUUGCGACUCCGCAAAGCAACCACUUGCAAAGCAGAACAGUUAGGGCUUGUUUCUUACUGGAUACGAUAGUAUCCGUGCGUAUGGGCCAUACAUCACAUCUGACACCGGCUUCACUUGAUGGCCUGACCCCAAUAUCUGAAGAGGGGCCAGAGGAGUGGGAUUCGUGGGCCCCUGAGCCAGGUUUUGGCUCCGACGUCAGCAUCGGCUCCGGUGAUUCUUUGCAGUCUGUUCAGUCCCUGAGCUCUUUCAACCAGCUUUGCCGGUUCGCUCGUAUCCUGGGAAAGGGAUUCGCAGGAUCACAUACCCCUCGCUCGGCAGAACUGGCUGCAGCAUUGGAUCCACGCUUCUCUUUCUGCAAUUCUAUUCUGGGAGGAUCGACCCCUUUUCUCCCCACAGCCUUUCUUCUACAAACCACCUUCUUAGGUGCCACCUUGGCGUUAAAUCCAGAAGCUCGCGUCUCUUUGGUAUGGACGCUUCUGGAGGCGGUAGAAAACGCAUGGCAACAUCUCGGACCUGGGACAUCGCCUUUACUCAUCACCUUUAUGGGUAUGGCAAAUCGGCGGACGAAAGGUCUGGGAGGAGAAGAUAAGGAGAGAUGGGACUCUCUUAUGACCAGACUGAAGGCCACGUGGCAGCGGGCGACCGAACCCUCGCAGGUAACUUCUGUAGCGCCACCAGCACCAAACCUUAUGGUGUACCAGAGUCACUCGCCAGCGCAUCGGCACAGUCUGCCCGUGGCUACACUGGCGCAACAAAGCCAGGAAGCUCAACCUCCGCAGCAGCAAUAUCACGCCUUGCUUACACCUUCGGAACAUUAUCCGACAUCUACAACGAGUUUCUUGGGUGGAGGAACGGCAGCAAGUCCGUCUACUUCGCGCUCGAUCCCAUUCACGCCCGGCAGCAACCAGAUACCGGGGUACUCUGCUGGCAUGAUGAGCCCGAUGCUUCAGAUGCCCCAUUACAUGCUUCUACCAGGGCAUGAGUCGAUGAUUGACCACGAUGCCAUCCUGGAUGAGCUAGCUGCAAUAGACUGUACAGAUAGUAUGGACGCAGACCCCCAAUUCAUGGCGAAUUUGGGGUUCGCGCCGGGGUCGGAUUUCACAGACAUGCGUGGAGAAUUUGGAGCGUUAUGA